CGUUUUGGUACGAACAUGUGCGUGUGUAAACGACCAAGUUAUUAUUUUAAAUUAGCUACAAGUUAGUUAUAGCAUGUGUUAAUGUAUCUAUUUAUUGUCGUAAUUGUCGAAUGCAUUCAGAUGUUUAACAUUCAGAUAAAGAGUCGAAAGUAUGGAUCAAAAAAAAGAAACGGCAUUCGUGAUGGAAAGAUACGGCUCUCAGGAGAAGUGGACGUACCGAUUAAAUAAGGGAGUGCUGAAGCGGGAAAGGCUGGAUGCUGGGGGAGCCACCAAGUCAUUUCUUGGGGUGUUUAAAAUCGUCUUCUUACCACAAGGAUAUCCAGACAGUGUCAGUGAGGACUACCUGCAGUACCAGUUUUGGGAUACUAUACAGGCUUUCUCCAGCUCCCUGUCUGGCACACUAUCCACCCAAGCAUCACUAAGGGGUGUUGGUGUAGGCAAUCAGGAGGCUACCGUUGCUGCGGCAACUGUUACCUGGUUACUAAGAGAUGGCACCGGGAUGUUGGGCAGAAUUCUGUUCGCUUGGGUCAAAGGGAGCAAACUGGACUGCGAUGCCAAGAAAUGGAGGCUGGUGGCCGACGUUCUCAAUGACAUCGCCAUGUUCAUGGAGAUUUUGGCGCCCAACUUCCCAGCAUGCUUCACUUUCAUCGUCUGCAUAGCUGGGAUUUUAAAGUCCAUCGUUGGAGUGGCAGGUGGAGCCACGAGAGCUGCUCUGACCUUACAUCAGGCUCGCAGGGACAACAUGGCCGACGUAUCUGCUAAAGAUGGCAGCCAGGAGACGCUGGUGAAUCUGGCUGGACUGCUGGUCAGCUUGGUCCUCAUUCCCCUCGUCACCGACAGUGCGCUGUUGACCUUUGUCCUCUUCUUCUCCUUCACUGUCCUGCACCUUCUGGCCAAUUACAAGGCAGUCCGGUCCAUUGUCAUGGAAACCCUGAACGAGGCCCGCCUCUCCAUUCUGCUGCACCAGUACCUGCAUGAUGGUCGGAUUCUCAGCCCAUCAGAAGCCAACAGCAGAGAGCCUGUCUUCCUUGAGUUCGGAGGGAGAGUCCCCAUUAAACUUGGUGUAAAAUUUGGGGACCUUAUCACCAGCCCUGAUGAGCUUCGUCUUGCUUUGAAGAGUAACAGUAAGGCGUACCUCAUUGGGAUGAGAGAUGGUCGUGUGCUGGUGUGCCGGGGCUCAGACACAUCAGCAGACGAGGAAAUCAAGGCUGCCAGCCAGGCGUUAUGCCUCAGCAUGAUGCCGUGCCAAAUGUGUCCACCAGAGGGAGCUCUAAAUGCACUUUCAGCCACUCGGACGCAAAGCCCCUGGGAAAUGGUCUCUGAGAGUCACAAAAUCAUUGACCAGAUGUUUCCACUCUUCCUUAAUGGCCUGCGGGGGGCCGGCUGGCAGACAGACCGCACGCUCCUGGACUGGGAUGAGUGGAGGGUGGUGUGGAGGAAGAAGAGCGAUUGAAGGCGAGAAAGAACGGGAGGGGUGUUGUGACGUGUUGGGACCCCAUGGUGAUGAACACCCCUCCCCAUCAUGAAAGCUCCCCUGGAGUCGUCCGUCUUCAUUCUCAUCAUCUGUGUGCCAUUUGAUUUGAUAACGAGAUAAAACUAUGAAAAGAUC